GAGUUCUUACUUAGAAACCCGCGCGACAAUCACCGGUGUUGAAGUCGCCCGGCGCCGAAGUGCCGCUGUCCCGGGUAGUUGACGGCGCGAUGGCGGUGCCGGAGAAGGCUAGAUAUCUGCAUCAGGAUGCUUUCAAGCGUUUCAGUUCUGGGAAUAGGUCUCUGAAGUGCCUGUCGGAGUACAUGGAGGAACGAGCUCGGGUUGAGAUGAACUACUCCGUGGCUCUAGAACAACUGGCAGCCAGAUGGAACAGGAAACUCGCCGAUACAUUAGACUUCGAGUACCUUGAGUUCCGCAACGUGUUAAGAGAGACAUUCAAUGAACCGACUGACAAGGCGCCUCUACACAACAAAGUUGCCAACAGGAUAUUGAACGAGGCGACCAUGCUGAAAAAGCAUUACAAAGACACUUUUAAGCGCGAGGCUCAAUCCGCUACAAUGGCGAAGUAUGCCGAGGCGACGGAGAAACAGAUGAAGUUAGAGGAGAGAGUUCAGAAAGCUAAGAAGAAAUACCACCGGAAGAAACACGCCCUGGAGCACGUGCAGAAGGCCAUAGCAGAGUUCCCGUUCCGGAGUGAAUCCUCUUCCAAGCACCAGGACUUGGAGGAAAAGCGUGCGGAGCUGUCCCGCCAGGCCACCGACACCUACCUCCGGUACGAGAGUCGUCUCAGAGUAGACACCAUGAACAGACAGGAGUUCAUUCGCGACAUGAGAGAGUGCGAGGCGGCCUACAACGACCACGAGCUACAGCGUCUGCUCGCUGUGUGUGACAGGAUCGGAGACAUGCUCAAGGAUCUGGCAAUGUUGGAUGGAAGCGAGAGAGACCCGAGCAAGGAGAGACUCGCCAAGCUGAAGAGCAUGGUGCAGGGGUUUUCAGUGACGGACGCUGUGAACAAGUACAGUGAUCUGUUCGCGAAGGAACACACGUUCCCUAAGUUCGAGGACUACCGGUCACACGGCGAGGUGGACAAGGCCGGUCAGGCCACAGUGGACGACACCAGUGAUGUUGACCUAGCUGCACCAGACAGCAGGGAGUUAGUCUUGUCAACUGCUCGGACUCAGAGAGAUUCGGAUACCCACCUGCAACGUCCCACGACUUCCCCGACCCCCGUUAUGGCCUGGGAGCCCCCGGGGUCGGACGAAGGGUCAGAGGAGGAGGACAGAGGACUCCGGCGUCACGGGGACACUGACAGGGAGGUGCUGACGACGAGUACAGUCGACGUCACCAGGCUCAGUGACGUCAGAGUUGUAGCCAUCCGCGCUCACUGGUCGCGGCAGUUAACUGAACUGUCGUAUGAAAUUGGUCAGGUCAUCAAGCAGAAGCUUCCAGCUAACGAGGAGGGCAUGGCCUAUGGUUGGAUCCGACCCAACAACUACAGCAAGCGUCGCUAUGGAUCCUAUCCAGCCAACUCGGUCCGACUCAUGGCCAAGAAACAGAAGAAGAAGCAGUAACUUGUCUUACAGUCUACCUUGGCCAUAAACCAAGAUGUCCCAUAGAGUUGCAGGGAACAAUUCAACUUUUCAGGGUUGGAAUCAACAGAUAUGCUUUUCAAUAUCACAUCUAAAAGCAGUUGGCGGUACUGAUUUACAUAUUGUUUGUUGCAUCCGUAUCUUGUUAUUGAUGUGAACAUUCUGUGUAACAGGGUAGCAGCUAUUUGGUUUAUAGAGAUGUACAAGUCUUUACAGGUAUCACUAUGUACAACCUGUUGCCUUCAUUGCCUGUUGUAUGAUUUGCAUACCCUCUAUCUUUGUCCUGAUUAGUUGUAUUGUGUACUGAUAGUGCUAGGAAUUUGUUUCCAGAUCAAUAAACAUGUUAACCAUAAAAACAUAA